AUGUUUUGUCAAUCCUACGCAACACAAUCAGAUACGAAACAACACAAGCAGACACGACACAACACAAGCAGACACGACACAACACAAGCAGACACGACACAACAUAAACAGACACGACACAACACAAACAGGCAUGACACAACACAAGAAGACACGUUACAGCACAAGCAGACACGACACAAGAAAAGCAGUCAUGAAGCAAAACUAGCAGACACGACACAACACAAGCAGACACAACGCAACACAAGCAGACCCGACACAAUACAAGCAGACACGACACAAUACAAGCAGACACGACGCAACACAAGCAGACACGACACAACACAAGCAGACACGACGCAACACAAGCAGACACGACACAACACAAGCAGACACGACACAACACAAGCAGACACGACACAACACAAGCAGACACGACUCAACACAACAGACACGACACCACAUAAGCAGACACGAAACAAGAUAACCAGACAUGACACAACACAACAUAACAGACACAACACAAGCAGACACGACACAACACAAGCAGACACGACACAACAUAAACAAAUAGGUCACAACACAAGCUGGCAUGACACAACACAAGCAGACACGAUACAACACAAGCAGACACGACACAACAGAAACAAAUACGAUACAACAAAAGCAGACACGACACACCACAAGCAGACACGACACACCACAAGCAGAUUCGACACAACAUAA